GCAUUAAUUAUUACAAAACCUUAUUUUCUUCUUAUCACCGUUUCAUUUAUUGUAUAUAUAGAAACAAACACAUAAAAUGUUUACUCUAUAAACAAAUAUCAAUCUACGUACGUAUAAGCAAUAAUGGUCACAAAAACGAUAUCUCUACCAUUGACGCUCUACUUCUUCCUCCUCGUAUCCACCGUAUCUGUGAACGCCACACUAAGAAACCUCUCGCGGGCGGCUGAAAACAAAGGAGUAUGGUGCAUAGCGAAUGACAAAGGGACAGAUAAGCAACUACAAGCGAAUAUAGAUUGGGUUUGCAGCGACGAAGGAGGAUUCCGUGACUGUGGAGCGAUCAAUCCCGGUGGACCUUGCUUUGAACCAAACACGGUAAGAGACCACGCGUCGUUCGCAAUGAACUUGUAUUACCAGAACCUUGGUGCCACCAAGGCACAAUGCAAUUUCCAUAAUACUGGCAUUGAAGUUUAUACCGACCCAAGCCAUGGCUCGUGUGUUUUCGUAUCUUAUUAGCAUUUUAAUUUCCGGUUAACAUGUAUGUGUGGGAACUUGUUUGGCCGAAACUCCAGUUAAAUAAGUUGAAAAAUAAUCUAUCCAUCAGUUUUCUC